CUCAGCAGCGACUAAGAGACAUACAACGUGCAUAUCAUGUCCACAGGCUAGACGGGUGUCAGUCAAUCAGGAACAAGUGCGAAGCAGACGACAAGUUGGGAGACCUGACUUACCAUGCAUGACGGCUGUUUUCUUCCUCUGCGCAUCGAGUUGACUACGUCGGCUCGAAUAGUCGAGGCCAGUCUUCUCUGCUACUGGAAGCGCAUCCAUGUCUGCCCUGAGCAGCACGGUUUUCCCCGGCCCAUGGCGCAGAAUUGCAAUCAACCCGUGGCCUCCAAUUUUGGUGCGAAUUUCAAACUUUGGGCUCAGGUCCCUUAGAAAGUGCUCGAUCAACGCCGCUGUCUCCGAUUCCUGGUGAGAGAGCUCUGGAUUCGCAUGAAUCCUUUUGUACAGUGACUCGUAUUGCUGAAGAUUCGGUCGCAGGUUUGCAAUGAUCGACUUCAUAGAUGAUGCAUCGGCAUGAUCUAAGCUGCCUUCCAGUUUCAUCGUGUCGACAGGUUGUAAGGUGCUACUAUUACUUUCAGUAACGUUCUUGCACGGCGGGCUUACUUUCCUCGGAACCAUGAGGCUGCGGCUAAAGCGUACUAUAUGGCCUCACACUAUCCGAACCAGCCGUAAAUCCGAGGUUACGAAGCACGGACACCGCCAAGUUCCCGGGCUUCAAGAUGUGGUUGACUUACUACCAGAGCUGGAAAGCGCAGACGAGGUUUCGCCAAAAAGAUGGAACGUGUCUCAUGCUAGUGGACGUCAAUUGGUCAAAGCUACCGCAUGGACUGGCAAUUCUCGGGGUCACGCCUUUUUACUAGCCAACGUGAAGAGCGUAAAAGGUGUUACUAUACGCAUUCCUCGCUUGUUGUCGCCACCACGUAAACCGACGUCCUUUCAGCUGAAAGUAUGAUGGAGAUACGAAGAGCACGGACCUUACUUCCCAACUAUCGAAUGCCUCCCCAUCAGUAGCUUCGACAAACAUCUAAUUAUAUGCCUGCCAAUGGGUUCAGGUCCGACUUUGCGUUAUAAGAUGGCCUUGGAUACGGGGUAGGUAUAAGAGACCUUGAAUACUUCUGGAGUAUCGGUCUCAUCCUCAGACUUGUCUCCGCGCAGCGGCUAGAUUUUAUCAGGUCUUGUCAUGGCAGAACCCAUCCCGGCCCCUCGGCCUCUGCCGAUACUGGGCAAUGCUCUUGAUCUCGAUGCCGAGUUUCCCAUGACUAGCCUUAUGAACCUAUCGGCACAAUACGGCGAGAUCUUCAAGUUGACUUUAGGGGGUCAUGACCGCGUAUUUGUCUGUUCCCAGCAGCUCGUCAACGAGAUGUGCGACGAAAAACGUUUUCAAAAAGCCGUCACUGGAGCAUUACUGCAGAUCCGUGGCGCUGUCCAUGAUGGCUUGUUCACGGCUUUCCCAGGAGAGCACAAUUGGGAAGUUGCUCAUCGGGCCUUGAUGCCUGCAUUUGGACCGAUGCCUAUCAGCAACAUGUUCGACGAAAUGUAUGAUAUAGCUACUCAGUUGGUUCUGAAGUGGGCACGAUACGGACCUGAACAUGCGAUCCACGUCACAGACGACUUCACGAGGCUAACGUUAGACUCGAUUGCACUUUGCGCCAUGGGUACUCGGUUCAAUUCUUUCUAUACCGAGGAUCUCCACCCUUUCGUCAAAGCCAUGGUGGGAUUGCUGGUUGCCGCUGGAGAACGAGCACGUCGACCAGCCUUCGCCGAUUUUCUAUACAGAUCAGCCAACCAAAAAUACCACGAUGAUAUCAGUCUCCUUGCAAAGAUAGCUUCAGAUGUAGUCGAAGAGCGUCGCAAGAACCCCAUCGACAAAGCAGAUCUCCUGAACGCUAUGAUCCUCAACAAGGACCCCAAAACAGGCGAACACCUCAGCGAAGACUCUAUCGUCAACAACAUGAUUACCUUUCUAAUAGCCGGCCACGAAACAACCUCUGGCUUGCUGUCAUUCCUCUUCUAUGAACUCCUCAAGAACCCACAAGCAUACAGACGAGCACAGGACGAGGUGGACGAGAUAGUUGGCAAGGGGUCAAUUACAGCCAAGCAUCUAUCCAAGCUGCGGUAUAUUAACGCCUGCUUGCGAGAGACGCUUCGCCUUCACCCAACGGCCCCAGCGUUUACUGUUAGUCCGAAACAAGAUGAAAUCAUUGGUGGGAAGUAUCUACUACCCAAAGAUACGCCAGUUGUGUGUUUCGUCAUGGCCGCUCACAGAGACCCAGCAGUGUAUGGCGAAGAUGCAGAAGCAUUCAAACCCGAGAGGAUGCUGGAUGAACCCUACAGUGAACUUCCACCGAACUCAUGGAAGCCUUUCGGAAAUGGAUCCAGAGCUUGUAUUGGCCGUCCGUUUGCCUGGCAGGAAUCUUUGCUCGCCGUGGCUAUGUUAUUCCAGAAUUUCGACCUGAGCCUCGCCGAUCCCGCCUAUCAGCUGCAGAUUCAAUCGACAUUGACCAUUAAGCCCAAAGGCUUCUACAUGCGCGCAAAAGUUCGACACCCUGAUUUCGAAGCCAGUCUAAAUGGCAAGUUGAAUCAACCUUCCGAGUCUGGGACGCCAAAAGCACGGCAGAGUAAUGAACCUGAUCAUCCUGUCCAGGCAACGAAGCCUUUACUAUCCAUAUUUUACGGAUCAAACACGGGUACCUGUGAAAGUAUGGCUGCCUCAUUAGCCGCCUCUGCCUCUUCUCAUGGUUUCGUUCCCAAGGUGCAGAUCUUGGAUGAGGCAAUUGGUGUACUGCCGAGAGACGGGCCUGUUGUAAUCGUCACGUCAAGCUAUGAAGGAGAACCACCGGACAAUGCCGUUCAUUUCGUCUCUUGGUUGAAAAGUCUCCAAGAGUUGCCUCUCACAGGCUUGAAAUACGCAGUUUUCGGAUGCGGAAACCGUGAUUGGCAGCACACAUAUCAGAAAAUCCCGACGCUCAUAGACGAUCUUCUGAUGCAGCGUGGAGGCGAGCGUGUCGUUGAAAGAGGGGCUGCUGAUGCAAAUGACGGUGCGCUGUUCGACACAUAUGAUACCUGGCAGGACGAAAAGUUGUGGCCAGCAAUCGCAAAAGCGUUCGAGUCGAAAGCCAAUAAUAAAGCGGAUUCUCACGAGGGUUUGGAUAUUGAAGUGUCGGCUCAGACAAGACCGAGUCUGCUUCGUCAGGAUUUACAACAAGCGCUGGUUCUAGAUACGAAACUUUUGACGGCCCCGGGUGCUCCUCAGAGGCGACAUAUGGAGAUUCAGCUGCCCUCUGGAAUGUCCUACAAGGCAGGUGACUACCUGGCCGUACUCCCAUGGAAUCCAUUGAGGAACGUCCGAAGAGCGAUGUCCAGGUUCCACCUUCCAUGGGAUGCCACGAUCAAGAUCAGUGGAGAGUCACACACGGCACUCCCUACCGAAAGGGCCACGUCACUGUUCGAAGUUCUAUCUGCACUUGUCGAGUUGUCUCAGCCGGCUACUUCGAAGCAGGUCAAGAAAGUUGCCGAAAGUGUCCCUGAGGAGGACUCGAAGGCGCAGCUCCAAAAAUUGUCGGACGGAGACUACAAGCAAGAGGUCCUCGAAAAAAACACCAGCCUCCUUGACAUUCUCGAGAUGUACCCUACUGCGCAAUUUUCGUUGGGGCAGUUUCUCGAGGCUCUUCCCCCAAUGCGGAUUCGACAGUAUAGCAUCUCGUCCUCGCCUCUGCAGGAUUCUUCCAAGUGCUCCAUCACCUACACAGUCUUGGACGCCCCAAGACGGGGUCAGGAUCCCGACCAUGGCCGCUUCCUUGGGGUGUCGAGCAAUUACCUUCGCGCCCGUGAACCAGGAGAUUGGAUUCAUGUUGCUGUGCGGCCCAGUCACAGUGGCUUCCACCUCCCCGCCAACGACAGCACACCGGUCCUCAUGAUCUGCGCCGGCACUGGCCUCGCUCCGUUUCGGGCAUUUGUGCAGGAACGAGCUUUGAAGAUCGAAUCACGCAGGAAACUCGCCCCGGCUCUCUUGUUUUACGGCUGCGGCUCGCCAGCCGCGGAUGAUCUCUAUGCGGAUGAAUUUGCAAGGUGGGAAGAGCUGGGUGCUGUCGAGGUGCGACGCGCGUACUCACGCGACACGGACAAGACUUUCGGCUGUAGACAUGUUCAAGAUCGCGUGUGGCACGACCGAGAAGAUGCAAAGAAGCUGUUUGUGCAAAAUGCUCAGGUGUACAUGUGUGGGGCGGGCGUCGUAGGUGCUGAACUCGACGAUGUCAUGAAGAAGAUCUAUAUCGAAGCUAAGGGGGCGUCUGAAGAGGAUGCCAUUGAAUGGGUGAGCAAGAUGAAGGGCACGCGGUACUGGGCGGACGUUUUCGCCUGAUACUAGACGUCCUAGCAUAAACUUCUUCGAAAGAUUGUCGAAUACCAGGAAGUGACGGACUCUACGAACGGCUUUGACUCCUAGUUAGGCGGUAGGAGUAUCGAGAAACUAUGAUGUCCGUCCGUCCCCUUUCGACCAGUCGUACAUGGAAUCACUCUCAAAUUUCUUAAUUAAAGACCAGAGGACAGGAGAUCCAUUUAUGUCUGUUCGAAGGAAUGGAUCGAACCGUUUGGGUCGGAUAGAAUGGAAAUAUAUGACUGACUGAUUUUGCACCAUGUCUCUUGUGGGCUUAGUCCCUGGCGUGUCCUCCAUUCGAGUUC